GCGGCGGGGGUGCUGGGGGUGGUCAUGGUGCUGCUACUGGUCAUUCUCAUCCCGGUUCUGGUUAAUUCCGCGGGAACCUCGUCGCACCUUGAGAUGUUCGGCCCGUGCCGAUGGGUAUGCCCUUACGGCACCAAUUCGCCCACGAGCACCGCCAGGGCGGACACCCUGCGCGAUAACAGCUUUGCGGAGUCCGCACCCACGUUCAUCCAAGGUCCGAAGGGGGAACCAGGGAGUCCAGGGAAGACGGGUCCGAGGGGUCCCCCGGGUGAGAAAGGACCACCCGGUCACCCCGGGCCGCCGGGGGAUAAGGGAGAACCGGGACGGCCCGGUCUACCGGGACCGGCAGGACCGAACACCGGUGCUGAUGCCGGUGCCAUCAGCGCCGCCACCUACAGCACCGUGCCCAAGAUCGCCUUUUACGCGGGUCUUAAAAAGCAGCACGAGGGAUACGAGGUGCUGAAGUUUGACGACGUGGUGACGAAUUUGGGGAACCACUACGACCCCACGACCGGGAAGUUCACCUGCUCGAUCCCGGGGAUUUAUUUCUUCACCUACCACGUCCUGAUGCGCGGCGGCGACGGCACGAGCAUGUGGGCAGACCUGUGUAAGAACAUCCAGGUACGGGCGAGCGCCAUCGCCCAGGACGCCGACCAGAACUACGACUACGCCAGCAACAGCGUGGUGCUUCACCUGGUGCCGGGCGACGAGGUCUACAUCAAGCUGGACGGGGGCAAGGCCCACGGGGGGAACAACAACAAGUACAGCACCUUCUCCGGAUUCAUCCUCUACGCCGAUUAG